AUGAUGUGGUACACACGAAGCGAGGACUCCGAGUCUGAGUCCGGGUCAGCCACACCCACCCCAUUCCACCAGAACCCCCAAGUCAAGCGCUGUUUGCAAGAGAAGCAAGAGCACAGGCGGGAAGUGCUAUCAAGGGUCCUGUCUCUCCAAAUACCCACCAUACCUGACGACUUCAUUAGGCGACUCGAUCAAGUCCAGGUGUCCUGCGGCCUGGUGAUGACCAUGCUUUAUCUGAAGGACAAGCAGACCGACGAUGCCGAGGCAGAGGCCAAACAAGCACUCGCAACUGCCGAAAACCUUGAAGAGGAGAGACUUAUUGCUCGGUGCUACUACUGGAUGGGGCGAAUCGAGUUUACCCGUGGAAACAUGGCGACGGCUUAUUCGCAUUUUGGGGCGGCACAGCCCUGUAUUUUGGAUGACGAUUAUCGAGAAGGGAGAGACUUGGAUUUUUACAAGACACUCUGCAGUCAAGGAGAAAGGAAGGUGUUUCAACCACCCAUGGAUCACAGUAAUAUACGAGCGACUACUCUGAGAAAACCGACCAAGAGCGCUAUGUUUUCUAUGACAAUUGGAUCCCGAAAACGAAAGCGCGAUGGGAGAAAUCGUGACAUGGAAUUUUGUUAA